CUCCAUUAACCAUCGAACAGUUGUCUUUCGAACUCAUUAUAUUCUGCCUUUCACAUUUUUUAUUUUCUGGAAAUAUAUCGUUUAUUUUCAAGUGUCAAUGGAUCAAUCUGAAGCUGUACAUCCUUACAAGGCCAGCGAACCCCAUUCAGUGGCAGGUGAGGAUGAGCACCCCCCUGAGAAGAAGACAGUAAUGCAAAAGGUCAAGGCAAGGGCAAGGAAGAUAAGGAAUUCGAUGAGGAAACAUGCCCCUGAGGACCAUGGCCAUGAUCAAGUUCGUGAUGCUCAAGAUAUCGAUGAUGAUGAUGAUGGUGAUGAUGACGACGACGAAGAUGAGGAAGUGGUGGAACGCCCAGAAAUGCAUGGUGCACCAAUACACAAAUCAGCCGCAGUUAAGAGUACUAGUAGUACUGCUACUCCAGAAAAUACACCUAUGUCUUUCUCUCAUCUUGGGGCUUCUAAGACCAAUAAGACUGGUCAUAGUAAAACCUCUGUUCCUGAAACAGAAGUUAAUACACCUGUUACUUCUUUCCUUGGUCAGGGGCCCUCCAGGACCAAUGAGACUGGUCAUAGCAAAACCUCUGUUCCUCAAACAGAAGUUAAUACACCCCUGUCUUCUUUAUCUCAUGACCAUGGUGCCUCUAGGACCAAUGAGACUGAUCAUAGUAAAAGUUUUGUUCCUGGAACAGAGUCCAGUGGUGUCCAUUUGGAGAGUCCAGAUCUAAAUACGCCUCUGACUUCUUUAUCUGGUCUUGGGGCUUCUAGGACCAAUGAGACUGAUCAUAGGAAAACCUCUGGUUCUGAACCAGAAGUUAAUACACCUCUGUCUUCUUUAUCUCACGAUCAUGAUGCUUCUAGGACUAAUGAGACUGAUCAUAGUACAACUUUUGUUCCUGGAACAGAGUCCAGUGGUGUCCAUGUGGAGAGUCCAGAUGUAAAUACACGUAUGACUACUGUUUUUGAUCAUGGGCCUUCUAGUAACAAUGAGACUGGUCAUAGUAAAACUUCUGUUCCUGAAACAAAAGUUAAUACACCUCUGUCUUCUUUAUCUCAUGACCAUGGUGCUUCUAGGAUUACUGAGACUGAUCAUAGCAAAAAUUUUGUUCCUGGAACAGAGUCCAGUGGUGUUCAUUUGGAGAGUCCUGAUGUAAAUGCACAUAUGACUUCUCUUUUUGAUUAUGGGCCUUCUAGGACCAAUGAGACUGGUCAUACUAAAACCUCUAUUCCUGAAACAGAAGUUCAUACACCUCUGUCUUCUUUACCUCAUGAUCAUGGUGCUUCUAGGACCAAUGAGACUGAUGAUAGGAAAACUUUUGUUCCUGGAACAGAAGUUAAUAAACCUCUAUCUUCUUUAUCUCAUGAUCAUGGUGCUUCUAGGACCAAUGAGACUGAUGAUAGGAAAACUUUUGUUCCUGGAAAAGAAGUUAAUACACCUCUGUCUUCUUUAUCUCAUGAUCAUGGUGCUUCUAGGACUACUGAGACUGGUCAUAGUAAAACCUCUAUUCCUGAAACAGAAGUUCAUACACCUCUGUCUUCUUUAUCCCAUGAUCAUGGUGCUUCUAGGACCAAUGAGACUGAUGAUAGGAAAACCUUUGUUCCUGGAACAGAAUUUGAUACACCUCUGUCCUCUUUAUCUCAUGAUCACGGUGCUUCUACAACCAAUGAGACCGGUCAUAGUAAAACCUCUGCUUCUGAAACAGAAGUUAAUAUACCUCUGUCUUCAUUAUCUCAUGAUCAUGGUACUUCUAGGACCAAUGAGACUGAUCAUAGUAAUACUUUUGUUCCUGAAACAGAGUCCAGUAGUGUCCAUUUGGAGAGUCGGGACGUAAAUGCACCUCUUUCUUCUUUCUCUCAUGAAAAUAUCAAGGACUCUUCUCAUAAUUCCGGGGUCAAUUUAGAGAAACCCGUUGGGAAUACUCUCCUGUCUUCUUUGUCUCCUGGACUUUCUGAUAUCAAGGAAUCUGAUCCCACUAAAACCUCUGUCCCAGGGGCAGAGUCCAAAAUCAAUUUGGAAAGACCUAAGGAAUUGGAGAGGGACCCUCAUGGCCCUGAGGACUCCUCUCAUAAGCACACCUCUUCCAAUUAUCAGACUAAGGUCACUGAUCCAAUCGGCACAGGCACUAAGGAAAUAGAAACCACUCCAUUACUCGGUUCCUUCGAUAAGAUGAAUAUACAUGAUGACACGGAACCAAAACCAAAGCAAAAUCUAGCCAAUGUUGGGUCAUCAACCGGAAGCCAUGACCAGUUUCCUUCAGAGCCUUCAUCACUACCAAUUAGCACACCCCAACACCCCAAAACCAAUCCAUAUGAUGAAACCUCUCAGAAAUCGUCUACACCAACCAGUUACACUGAGAAAAAACCUACUGCCGCAUCUACUGUAGCUGACAACGCAAUAUCAGAAAAGAAUGUCGUUGCUUCCAAACUCGGCUACGGCGAGAAAAACGACACAGGACCCCAUGAAACGACAGGAAAUGAUGGUACUGCUAAUUACUUUAGUGACACACCACAACAGCCCAAAGCAGUGGAAGAAAACUUGGGUAUUCAGAAACCUGAAAGCAACCCAGAUGAUAUUACCUCUCCGAAACCAUCAACACCAAGCAGUUACACUGAGAAAAUAUCAUAUGCUACCUCUGCUAUUUAUGGUGCCGUAGCAUCCAAAUUCGGCUAUGGCGAUGACACGGAACUCCAUGAAACGACAGGAGAUAGCGGCAGUAUCGGUAAUGAGCCAGCUUCAGAAACUGGAUACAGGAAAAAGAUGGCUUCCACGGAGACGGACAAGAUAGCUCCGCUGGACGAGAAGGACGCCGGAGAAGGGAGUGAAGCUAUGUCAAAAAUGCAUGGCCCGGCCAGCUCGACAAGGGAAUUGGAGAAGACUAGUUCUGGGACUGAAGGGGAAGACAAAGGAGUCUCCGUUAAGGACCACUUGGCCGAGAAGUUGGUGCCUGGAGAUGAAGAUCGAGCGCUGUCUGAGGUGAUCUCUGAUGCUUUAAACAAGCGAAAGGAGGAACCGGAGGAGGGUUCUGAGUCUCAUCCAAUGGGGAAGGUGACAGUGUCGGACCACGUGGCAAAAACUUUGGGUACUGCGGAUGAGCAAAAUGAAUCCAACACUGCGAUUAAGGCUAGGGGUAUAGUUGCAUCGUGGUUUGGAUUGGGUUCGGGUGGGGAUCAGUCCCAGGCUUCUGAAGAUUCACCUGCCAACACCCAAGGUGAAACUGAGGUCAAAGCAGAAGAGAGGGAGGAGGGGAAGAGGCUUAAAGAUUGAGGGAACUGAAAAGAUGGACUGGGACAGGGGAGUUGAUAAUAAAUUGAUGUUUUUGAUGUGUUUUGUGGAGAAGGUUGAUUAUUUGUGUUUAUUUGUGUUGUGUGUGCAUCAGUGCAUGUAAAUAAAUUCGGGGACUUUGCUCUGAAGAUUUGUUGUAUUUGUAAAUUGUACUUGACCCUCCGUUUUGUAAAAGCCCUCAUGUUCAGAUUGUGUUAUCCAGUUAUCUGGCUCUACUUUGGCUGAAUAUAUAUAAUAAGCUGCACGUUUUUUUAGUUAAAA